UCGCUUUCAGUUUGAAUUGUGUCCUCGUUAAGAAAGGAUAUUCGUUACAUUGUUGUUAAGUUGUUAUUAUAAUUUCUCAAACAAACCAACCAACCAACCAAAAGCAAACCGAAAGCCAACAGCUCGCUAAAGAGAAUUCAAAAUAAAAACCGAAAAAAAAAAGAAAACCAAGGGAAUCCACUUGCCAUCCAGUGCUAGGGAUUCUGCCUGGGAACAUAAUUCAAAAACCAAAUGAACUUUUCGAAAACAAAUUUCAUUGGUCUGUGAUAAGUGAAGGUCAAGCGAAGAGGAAAUUUUUUAUGAAAACCAAAAACUAAAAAACUAAAAACCAACCACAACCAACACGAAGCGGAACAAAACGGCAAGGAAAACCACAGAAAGGCAGCAUUUUCCAAAUUAGCAAAAUUGUAGAAAUUAUUUAAUGCAUCAAAUCGUUUGACCAAACAACAAGCAGCAGCUACAACAACAGUGCGGUUUCACACAAAAAGGCGGCCAUUAAAAUAAAACAAAAACAAAAGUUAAAAAACCAAAAACCUAGCCAAAUUAUAACACAAUUUAUUUAUAUCAUCAACUGCAAGGCGGCAGGCACUUCAUUAAGCAUCAAAGCGAGCUGCGUUUAACCACAGAACGUGCAAAUUUCGCACCGCAACUGUAGUAGCAACACCACCAGCACCGCCACUACCAACACCACCAGAGCCACUGCGCCAGCCGUAAAAUGUUGGCCAUGCCCACGCUGAUGAUGCAAGCCACCGCCCAGAUGACGCUUAGCGCCGCCCACGGAAAGCCCUACGAGACAAAGCUCUUGGCCAUCCACCAGACGCAUCAGCUGCAGCAACAGCAGCAGCAGCAGCAGCAACAGGCUCCCGCCCCGCAGCAGCAGCAGCAGCAACAGCAAGUGCAGCAGGCACAGCAAGCGCCUAACGGCAAGCAGCAGUCGCAGCAAAUGACCAUUGUUACCACGCAGCAGCAGCAGCAGCAACAGCAGCAUCCCCAGUCGCAGUCGCCGCAUCAGCAGCAGCAAUCGCAGCAGCAGGCUGCCGCAGCAGCCGCCGCUGCAGCUGCAGCAGCCCACCAUCAGCAGCAGCAAGCUGUGGCCGCUGCCGUCUGUGCCGCCCAGCAACAAGCUGUGGUUGUGCAGCAGCAGCAGCAGUACCAGAUCCACUCGCAGCAGCAGUCGCCGCAGCAGCAGGUGCUCUGCAUCUCGCCUAAGCAGGAACAAUUCCACAUCUUUGUCGGCGACUUGAGCUCAGAAAUUGAAACUCAGCAAUUGCGCGAAGCAUUCACACCAUUCGGCGAAAUCUCGGACUGUCGCGUGGUGCGCGAUCCACAAACCUUGAAGUCGAAGGGCUAUGGCUUUGUGUCCUUCAUCAAGAAAUCGGAAGCCGAAAGCGCCAUUACGGCCAUGAAUGGCCAGUGGCUUGGCUCCCGUUCAAUUCGCACGAAUUGGGCCACACGGAAACCGCCGGCGAGUAAAGAGAACAUCAAGCCGUUGACCUUCGACGAGGUCUACAAUCAGAGCAGUCCCUCCAAUUGCACCGUUUAUGUGGGCGGCGUUAACAGCGCCCUCACCGCCCUCAGCGAGGAGGUCCUUCAGAAGACAUUCGCCCCCUAUGGCGCGAUACAGGAGAUCCGCGUCUUCAAGGACAAGGGUUACGCCUUCGUGCGCUUCUCCACCAAGGAGGCAGCCACCCACGCCAUCGUGGGCGUUCACAACACGGAGAUCAAUGCCCAGCCCGUGAAGUGUUCGUGGGGCAAGGAGAGCGGUGACCCCAACAACGCACAGACCAUCGCCACUCAGGCUCUGAAUAGUGCCGCCGCCGCUGCCGCCGGUUUCCCGUAUGGAGUUGGCGCAGCAGCCGCCGCCGCCGCCUACGGACAGCAGCUGGCCGCUACGGGCUGCUGGUACUCACCCACGCCCACCUAUCCGGCCUCCUCGGCCACGGCGGCCGCGGUGACCCCGGCGGCGGCCAGUGCAGCCGCUGUGCAGAACCAGUUCCUGCAGGGCAUCCAGGGCUAUCACUUUGGACAGUACGGAGGCUAUCAGCAGGGAUAUAUGGGCAUGGGCGUGCAGAUUCCGGCCACCUGGCAAGGCGUCACCCAGGCGCAGAUCUCACCUGCCCAGCAGCUGGCAACGGGCGUGGCCGGCACAGCCAUUCCGCAGGCCGCCGGCGUGGUUGCCUAUCCGAUACAGCAGUUCCAAGUGAGCCCACAGUUGCCAGAAGAGGAGUGGUUAGCUGCAAAUUUGUUGUGUUAGUUUUCUGUUGUUUAGGCCAAACGAAAGCGAUAAGGAUACCAAAACCAAAACCAAUACAAAAACCAAAACAAAUCAAACCGAAACCGAACCGAUAACCAAACAGAAUAUCCAAGUAGCUAAAAAAUAUAUAUAUGGUAUGAGUAUGAGUAUGAGUAUGAGUAUGAGUAUGAGUACGAGUUAUCCAAAGAUAGAAAGUGAAAAAGAAAGGAAGGACAGAACUCCCCUACACAAGUAAAAUAUAUUGAAAACAAUCAAAGUAUGCCAUCGAAUGAUAUUAAUUGAUAUUAGCUAAUCGAGCAUAGCCGUAAUAAAGUAGAUAUUAUCGCCUAAUCAUAUAAGCCAAUAAACACACACACUUGCAGAACCCGAAGAACAGAGACAGUUUAGCAGGGAGCAGAGCCGUCACACACGGGACACAGGAAACGAUAUCCAAAUGGCAAGCAUUAAUCAACUUAUAGACAAACCGACACAAACACAAACACACACACACACACACACACAGACAAGACACAGGAUCGACAAUUUCAGAUGGUAGUACAGUACAUGAAUGUGAAACAUAAAAAUAGUCAUAUGGAAAACUAAGCAACUAAAAGUGUAGAGUAUAUAAAUGUAAAGUGGUAAAGCCUAGACUUAGAGUUGGUUGAUAAGUACAUAGAGUAUACAGCAUAUGCAUUAGACAAACAUGCUUAUAUAACAUAUAUAUAUAUAUAUAUAUAUACAAGCCGUAUAGAGAACACUCACACAUACACAGACACACACCCAUAUGUUUACAUAUAGAGAAGAAAAACUAAAUGCGAGCAACGUAUGGUAAAUGAUAUUUAUUGUUUAUUGUGUUGUAUGCGUUGGAUGAUAAAUCACAAAUAGAUGUUCAAAAUGAAAACCAAUUAAAACGAUGACAACAACAACAACAACAACAACAACAACAACAGAAACAACAACAGCAGCAACAACAAGCUAAAAUCCCAAGUACUAGAAAUAGCAAUACGCAUACGUAACGUAAUCGCAAUCGCAAACGCAAUCGCAUUCGCAUAUAUAUAUAUUCGUACGUAUCGGACAAUUAAGCUGCAAAAGGACGAAAGGACGAGGCUUGAUUUGCAUUUGACACGCCCCAAUCCCCAGCGACUGGCAAUGGCGUGGAAUUUGUUAUGUCAUUUUUUUAGUGGAAUUUUUUCGCAGCAAACCAAGCAGAGAGCAGUGGCAGAGCAUUUAGUUACACGGGUGUGGCCCUAAGCACCAGUAAAUGUCUAUCGAUAAUACCCCCACACACCAACAGAACACAUAGGUAUAUACUAUGAAAUAUAUAUGUAUGUAUGUUCGUUUGUAGGAUGCGCUCACUCACUCAGUACGAUAAGAUAUGGGUCUGGGGAUUUUAGCCAAGGAUCUUACAGAUCAGCAGGACAUGUAGUCUUUAGGGGCAGUCGUACUGUAUAUUUAAAUGUUUUUAGCACUAGAACUUAGAUGAACUACAAGACGCAUGGCAUGCGACUUAGAUGUAGAUGUGAUUUUAAAGUGGGCGGGAUUGGGCCGGAUUAAUGCAAGUGAAGUGAAGCUGACAAAUGCAUUUUCUGUUGUUAUUUUAUUUUCUAGAAAUUUUGUUAAGUCAAAAAAAGAAAAAAGAGAAGAAAGCGAGAACAAAAAUUUGAAAUGUUGUUGACCAAACG